UUUUCAGGUUUCCGCCGCCGCCGCCGGGGGCACGCGAUCUACACCGACGACGAAGACGACGACGCUGCCGUCACGCCGCGCGACUGCCACCGUAGAUUUAGUAUACCGCCGCGUCGCAUCGCGAACACUACGACGACCACCGCCACCACGGUCUACCGGUACAACAAUUUGCACGUGUUUUUCCCCUCCCCACUCGCGUAUAAAGUUUCAUAGAAAAUAACGAACAUUUUCGCGGCCAAUAUCUAUCGAGAAUAAAACUAUGGACGUAUGAACAGGACACGACCUAACCACUAAAGACGAUCGCCACCAUCAGAGUUUAAGCUGUCAACGAUCAUGGGAGCACGCAAAACAGGUGAAAUGAUCGUCUGGUUUUCCGUCAUCAUUGCGGUGAUUGGUUGGUGUGUGGAUUGUUACAUCGAAGACUUGUGUCCUAAUUGUAAUCUCUAUCAAGAUUCAGCUGAGGUUCGGUCCCACUGCGCCUACCCGUGCCAGUGCGCCAACAGGGACCCGGUUUGCGAACCGGGCGUGCCGCACACCCGCGACGGAUGCGGUUGCUGUCCCGUGUGCGCCCGACAGGACGGAGACCCGUGCGACGGCAUUGCCGUGUGUGACCAAAGGAAAGGUCUGGUAUGCCAGUACGACGACUACUACAGCCCGGCCGGCAUAUGCAGAGUAGUAAAAGGCUUACCGUGUACGGUAUACAACAAGACGUACGACAACGGAGAAACGUUCAGACUAGAUUGCAGAACGCAGUGCACGUGUCAGAACGGCACUUAUGCCUGUGCGUCGUUGUGCCCACAAGAAAAUAUAUCUCCACAAGGGCUUUGCAGGCACCCCCGUUUAGUCGAAGUGCCCGGACAGUGCUGCAGGGAAUGGAUGUGUGACAACGUAAAUAUGGAAAGGCCGCCAAAUUGUGAAGCAUUAGUCACACCGUGGGCGGAAUGUUCAUCUCAGUGUGGAUUAGGCCUUUCUAGGCGCAUGUCUAAUGCAAAUGAAGCGUGUAAGCCUAAUAACGAAACUAGACUUUGUCAAAUAAGGCCGUGUCACUCGCCACCAUUGGUGAAUGCUAAAUAUGCAAGACACCAUCACAUUCGAAAGGGCCACGAGUGCAAGGCGACGAUCAAGUCGACGACACCCGUCCGGCUGAAGUUCGGCGACUGCCGGAGCCGGAAGACUUUCCACCCGAAGCGGUGCGGCGCCGCGUGUCCGUCCUCGGGCGGCGGCAGUGGCAUCGUGUGCGCUCCCGAGCUCAGCACCACCGUCAAGGUGGAAUUUCUGUGCCGGAGCCCGGUGGAAGGCCACGACCGGCUAGACGGCGCCGUGCCCGGCGACGAUCUCUGGGAACCCGUUCGCCGGCCCUUCUCGGCCACCGCCGACGACUAUGUGCACAGCGUGUACGUGGACGUCGAGUGGAUCGUCAAGUGCACGUGCCGGCGGCGCACGGACUGACGACGGCGGCGGCCGUGAACCGCCGCGCGCCCGAAGCCGACGCCGCCGCCCCUGCAGCAAUCAGCCGCCCGCGACUUGGCCGAACUGUAAACAUUAAUUUUUUUUUUUUAUUUAUAAUUUCAAUAUUCGCGACACACACACACACACACACACACACACACAUGCAAACUAUACGAAGACAGAGACGACAACCGAGUUUUUUUUUUUUGUUGAAAAAUUUUGUUUACGAUUUAAUAUCGAAGUUUAUUAUUUUUAUUAUUACAUAUUGUUGAGUUGUACAUUGUUAUUAUUACUGCUGCAGCGUUUCUCUACCUUUAAAUAUUAUAAUGCGUCCAGGUUUUUCCACCGAUAUUUUAUUAAAAACUAGUUGAAACUGCAGAUGAGGUUCUUUCGAUUGCCGCUAUUACACUCGCCAAGUAUGAUAAUUCUCCGAUUUCAUCAAUACUUAUCUGAGUUCUGCGGUUUUCUGAAUGAACCUCCGUGUCGGGGUGUGUACAGUACGUGUCAAUCAAAUUAUUUAUUUUGUAUUACACUAUAUAAAUCUAACAAUUAUUUUCUAAAUUAAUGCUGUAAUCGUAUAUAUGGUCAGCUGGACCCGCGCGAAACUAUUCGUUACCCGUUAAAUAUGAUAUUCAACCAAAUUUUAAGAAAUGAAUCAUAAUUAGGUGGAUAGGUAGUAUAUUUAAAUACAACUAACACAAAACGUGUAUUGUCAAAAAUCUGAUUUUCGGUUUAUAACAUUUAUAUAGUUUUCCUUUUUUUGCGUAUACCUAUCCAGUAUAUAUCGCGUUUCCCUCUCGAAGAAUAUUUUAUAUAAGUUAUAUAAAAUCUAAAAAGUCUAAGUUCCGCUGUUUAGAAUCACAAAUUCAAUUUACUGAAAUGAUUUUUUUUUUCAAAAUGCCUAUAUAUCAGCCCAUUGCAGUAUUUCAAAUACCUGAUCAAUAAUAUUUUGAGAUAUUAUUUGUUUUUGAAAAAUAAAAUAGGUUUCCGAGAGGACCAAUACUGUACAACACCAUUAUUUCGUAUCAAAACCGCUAAAAAUACAAUCACUAAUAAUAAACGACCGUUAAGAACCAUUGUUUUACACAUUGUAAGUUUAUAUAUUAUAUAUACAUAUACAACAUUAAUUAUUCAAUUUAUACAUAUUUUUUUUCACUAAUCGUUAUUAUUGAAAAGACUUGAUCAGUCUUGUCAAUAUCUUAUCAUAUGGGAAGGGGGCAGAGUGUUUCUAGCGUACUACUACCCUCUUCUCGAAGAAGAGAUAUUUUACGUGUGUGGACGUCACUCCCAGUGGAGACCGAUCGGUGGGGCAGGGUAGAGUAAUCAGAAUGACAGAGGGGGAAUACGAAGUAGUAUUUUUUGCCCUGGCUGUGGUUCGAACCAAUAACUACGCGCGUCAUGACCAUUGCACCACCUUGUCCCACUAAUUUGUACAUAAAGCACACUAAAAUCUGGCGUAUUUUACAAAUAAAUAGUUGUAAAUCAUUUACUCCACUUACUAUGUUUUUAAAAAUAAUGGGAUUCGUUGUAUGCAUAAUAAUCACGUAUUAUAAAACAUCGUAGGUAUAAUAUUAUAUAUAAUAUUUAUUAUUAUGUACAUCAUACCAACGUGUAUGAUCAAACGAAUAAUUUUAAAAAACUUUUUGUAAAAUACAAUGUUAUAAUAUUAUAUUAUGUUAAUAAUGAUAUUAUAUAUUUAUAAUAUACACACAUUCAUAUAUAUAUAUACAUAUAUAUAUAUAUAUUAACAAGGGUAUAAUUUGGAUAUUUUUUUUUGCCAAAAUUAAAAUAUUAUUAAUAUGCUUGUAAAAACACAUUGUUUAAAAAUGUACCGUUUGGAAUUAUACUAGAUUAAUAUGUGAAUAAUGAACUAUCAUAAUUAUUAUUUUUAUUUUAUUUUUGUCGUAAGUAAGAUAUGAAAUCGUUUUCUCCUUACAAGCUUCGACCACAUUGCACCAUUUUAUAUACUCACCACACGUACCUGCAUUAUACUUGUAUAAAAAUACCUACAUAUUUUAUUACAUUAAAAUAGAUCUCUAUACAUAAUUAGGUACCUGCCACCGUUUCAUAUCACCCACCGAGGAUCUCCGUGUGCAAUAAAGAGGAUAUAAAAUUUAUACACAUUUUCAAACCACCAUGCUAAUGAAUUCGAUAUAUCUGAAUUUAAAAUUAAACCAUUGGCUUUAUAACUAAAAUAUUACAAUACAAUUCGAAGACACUGUUCACAAAUCACAAUCGAUUCAUAAUAACAUGAACGUAUUAUACGUUUCCAAUUACCCGCGGGUGAACAGUUUUAUGUUUUCUCUGUUGUAUCAUGUAUAAUAUUCAGCGUUAAAUUAUAUUACGUGUGACUGACAAACCUUUGAAGAUAAACAAUAAUCAUUUGAUUUUUCACCGUUACAAUGUUACAAAACUUACAAUACGUUCAAUACAAUUAGCACAUACUAUUUUGUUAUUAUUGUACGUAAAAGAUAUUUACAGUUGUUUUCGAAUAACAGAUAAUAAAACGAUUAAUUCAAAUCCCUAUGAACAUUAUACGCUACACUUACGUAGUAAGCGAUUGACUAACAGCCUGAGGCCAACUCCAAUAAGGUAUUCUUUAUACAGUGCCUUAAUGGGAUACUUUUAUUCUGCCCUACCUUUAGGUCCUUCAAUAUUAACAUAUCCACACUUUGUUACCUAAAAUAUAUUAAAUAAUAAUAACAUUAUUAAUUGGUUUUGUUAAUAUAAUAAGAAUAAUAUAGAAGGGUUACAAAAUUAAAAAAAAAAAAUGUAUAAAUGUUUUUGUUUAUUAACCGACAGUCAGAUUAUUGUUUAUUAUUAUAGAUGUAAGUAAUUAUGAAACAUUUCACAUAAUUAAAUUAUAUAAGUAUUAAAUACUUUAAAUAUCUUUUUGUCAUCAUGAAUACGAAAAGGCAAAAAAAAUGUAUAAUUAUAUUUUGUUAACGUAUAAGAUAUAUCGCAAUUUGUAAUAUUUAAUCGAAUUCAAUAAAAAGUUAUUAUUUGUAA